AUGAGCAGCAAAGUUUCUCAGAUCGAAGCCCCAUCCGCCUCGGGCUUCUUCACGCUCCCUUCCGUAGUCCAGCCUCCCGCGUCAUGGCGGCAAAGGCGGCGGACAGCUUUUCUCGCGCUCCUCGCUUUUCUUCUCUGCCUGUUCUUGCUUUUCGGCGUCCUUUUGCCCAAGUCACGAGUGGAACAGUGGACCAACGCGGUGCCCUCGGCCCGGAGGGAAGCCGUAGGGCUGAGCAGGAACCUUGAGCUGCCAGCCGCCUUCCCAGGAGAGACCAGCAGCCUCGCGGCUCUCGGUCGCCAGCAAGAAGGUAGUCAUGCAGGCCCCCGACUUGACCCAGCGAGCGGGGGAGGCAUCGACGCGCACCUCGGGGUGGACGGAAAACGUCCGUUUUCUGCAAAUCGAUUGCUUGCAGAUCAGGAGCCGACAGGGUUGCCGUCUGCGUUUGGCGAAGGCAACACCACAGCUGCGGUCUCUGUGCCCGUUCCCGCGAGUUCUCCACAGUCUCUGGAUCUAAUGCAUCUCUCGAGUUCGAUGGAUUCGCGGCAACCGGUCCUCUCUGCGUCGCUGCCUUCGUCAAGCUCCACGUGGGCCCUGUCUGCGCUAGCGUCUCUUCCCCCGGUCUUUCUCUUCCUCCUCUUCGUUUCCAUAUGCUGCUGCCUUGCGUGCAUCUUCAUUUCUUCCGCCCUGGUGUACAAGCACCUCACCAACUACUACGAGCCUCACCUGCAGCGCUACAUCUGUCGCAUCUGCCUUGUGGGUCCGGCAUUUGCACUGGCCUCUCUUAUCUACUUUGCUCACACCCUCCUGAGUGUUUCACCCCCCGCGGAUCGUGCCUCUUCUGCCUCCUCUAGCUUCCGCUCGACCUUCGCCCCGUCCCCUGACGCGGCGGCCAGAGAAGGUCCAGCCGCUGAGAGCUCUGGACAACCCAUCUCCUCGGGGUUCUUCGAAGGCGUGGCUCGGGCUUUGCUCGGAGCUGGAGAGCCAGGGCUGUCCGGAGCCCGAGUUGAGGAGGUUUUCAUCGACUUCCUGAGAGACCUCGCCCAAGCAGUCGCCCUCUACAGCUUCCUUGUUCUCAUGAUCAACUGUUGCGGCAACGACCGAUGCAUCUCCCUGACCCUUGCGUGUAACCCGACGUUGGUCAACCCCGUCCCACCCUUCAACUUCUUCAUUCCUUCUUUCCAUCCAGGACCGCACAUUCUUCGAUACCUCAAAGUCGGAGUCAUGCAGUUCGUUCUUGUCGUGCCUCUCGUCGGCAUCAUCUCUCUUCUCCAGGCUGUCUCGGCCAAGCCUCCCACCGCUCUCUUCGUUCCCUCCGCUUUUCCUCCCCAGCAAGUGGAUCAGCCGGUCGUAAACGAGACGUCGGGGACGCCGGGGCUUCGUUCUGACAACCUGGGAGACAUCCUCCCCGCUCCGAGCGCACUGUCCAGUAUCUCUUCCCCAGUGCCUUCUCCCUCGCCCGACGCGUACUGUGGAGAUCGUCCGUCAGAUUGCUUUGCUCCCCUUCCAGUCGGGUGGCCUCGCCUCUGGACGCUCUUCUCCUGGGUUCCCGUCUUCCUGUCCCUUCCAGUUGCCCUCCCGUCUUCACCAGGAACGGACACUGUCCAUCGCUCGUUGCCGGGGGAUGACGCCUCUCAGGUGCCCCGAGUCCCGGUCGGUCCCUCAGCCAAGCUCAACCGGAAUCUUCCAGCUUCGUUAGCAGACUCAAGCGAGGAUCUCAAAUGGUCACAUUUCCUUGGCAUGCCCGGGAUUACCUCCGUUCUGCUCCUCGGAUCAGUUUUCAUUUGCAUGCUGUCUCUCCUUCAGUUCUACCUGUGCACGGAAUCGCUGCUGCGGCCUUACAAACCUCUGCAGAAAUUCCUGUCUAUCAAGGUGCUCGUCUUCUUUCAAGUGUGGCAGCGCCUCGCCAUCCGCACGCUCCUCAAUAUAGGCGUCAUACAAGGCAACAUCAUUUUCGAGGCCGAGCAGAUGGCGGAUUUGUACCACAACAUCCUAAUGAGUGUUUGGAUGGUGUUUAUCUCCAUCAGCCACGUCCUCUGUUUUCCCGUCAGCGAUCAUCUGCCGGAAGUUGCCGGCGGAAGUGACGCCUUGAGCGUCGCCCCCCCGAGUGCGUCGUUCUUCCAAGGUUUGCUCGAAGUUCUCCUCGCCGUCGACGUCCUACAGGAUGCCCGCGAGAUUGCCUUGCUUCCUCACCGGUCUCUCGACAGGGCGUGCUCGAUUCUCCACGAGCAGUGCGUCCAAGCCGACAACGAGUUCCAGCACCUCCUCUCUCUGGAUCCAAAGCCCGAGCUGGAACAGUUCUCUUCUUCGCCGUACGUGCGCACGCGAAGUCAGGGGACCGGAGACGCCCGGACACCGGUUUUUUCCCCUGAGGACACUCCCACUGGUGCGCGAACCCUGAACCCUUGGCUCCGACGGGCGACCACGGCUUUCUCCGGCUCCCCUUUGAGCGGCGUUUUUCGCUCCCUGGGGCCGCUGGAAAAAGGCGCAGAAGGCGCGCCCGACAACAGCGUGGAGGCCGACGAAAGCGACGAUGCCGACGGGGAACCGGAACACCUCGACACGGCCUGCGAGCUCGGCGAAAGGUCUUGCAGCGACGUCCUCGUGCGCUCAGCGCCGCUCUCGGAAUCGGAAAGAGAGCGAGUCCACAUUCUCCGGUCGCUUUCGUUUCCGUUUGGGGACGCAAAACCAGCUGCGCACGUCCACAGGGACGAGAAACCAGCUGACACGCAUCUGGCCCGCCCCCUGGACAGCCGGUCCGCGGCAGCAGGCAUACCCCAGCGGCCGCCGCGAAGACUGGCGAGCCCAGAGACCGACGCCAUGGCGACUGAAAGAAAGCGGGGAGACGAAGAGGGAGUGGAGAGCAGCGGCGUGGCGAAUGACGCGAAAAGGCCAGGGAGCGGCGGAGCACCCGCUCGCGAUCAGCCGAACGACACGGGAAUGAGUGCUGCCCUAGACGCUGCAGUCCGUCGGGCCCUUCCCUUUUUUUCGGAUGGGAGUCGACCCGAGUCUGUGGCUGGGUCCCCUUCCUGUCCCUUGCUUGCCGGCUCGGGUGGAGCCGGCGAAAGCCGAACGCUCCGCCUCAGCCGCCAUGGCGAGCUCGAUGCGGACAGCGACUCGGACGGCGAGGCGCUGUGCCCACCGGCGCCUCCGAGUUCGCCGGUCUCCGGCCUGCCGUCUCCGCGUCUGACUCCCUACGUCGCGCUGCCUGCUCUCAGCAGCUCUCUUCCUCUCGACCGUGCUGCGUCAUCUCGGAUCGUCCGCAGCCCGCCAAGGCGGGAAACGCACGGCUCUGCGUUUUCGGCGUGUCCCCAUUUCCUUCUCUCACCUGGACAUGCGUCCAUUUCGCGUGCCGGGUCCCUUCCUUCGCCUCAGAACCAGUCAGGCUUCCAGUGGGAGGGCCACCUUCCUGAGGCCGUCUCACAGACACCGUUUUUCUCGCCCGCCUCCUGUUUUGCGUCCUUCGUCCUCGGGUCCUCACGCAGAAACUCCUUUGGGACCGGCCGCCUGGGCACCCCUGCCUCGCCGUACUCUCCCCUCGCAGCCUCAGUCGCCGCUUCAGUCCCGGGAGCCGUGCCGUACCCGCGGAGUGCGACUGGUCGCGCCGCCGUCGCCGCGCGCUUUCGUGUCGCGUCCAGCCCAACUUCGCCUUUUCACCGGUUUCCCGCGGCCGCGUUGGCCGCAGCCCUCGGCACAGAUUGGCCAAGUUCUCCUUUCUUUCUGGAGGAGAUUCCCGAGGCCCCGAGUGGCGAAGAAGGCAGACUCGACGGCGCAGUCAAUCCCAGAGGUGAGGGUCUCGCGAACCCGACGGACAGCACUUUUCCUGGCACUGCACAUUCCGGGACGGGCUCCAGUCGGAGUGAGGAGGAACGCGCGGUGCGACAGUGGCGAGAGGAGCGGGGCAGAACGGAAAGCGGAGAAAACUUCGGCCUGGCCAGCACAGAGGGCUGCAGGCGCGACCUGGCCGCAAGCGAGACCGAAGGAAGAAGAACUUCCCUGGAGAGGCCCGCUGCGCCUCACCAAGGCAGUCGGCAUUUCAGUCGGGAGACCGCGAACGCGACUUCCAAAGAGAACAGAGAGCGUCUCGUGUCGGCUGGAGCUUCCGACCACAGCGCCGAGCGAGACGAUACCCCGUUCUCCAGCUUCAAAAAUCGGAGCUGGGCUUUCGCCGACGCGAGGAGACAGCCGGACCCACCAGCCGCUCCUGCAUCUUCCUUGCUGGAGGCCGAGCGAGGCUGGUUGGUUGGAGACCCAACAGGAGUGGAACCGUCGGGUCUUGGCGGCGAAUUUGGACGGAAGGGAGAGACGCCGCGUAUGGCCGAAAGUGAAGAGGGCGAGGCCAGGCAACUUCCCCGAAUCGUGAAGGGGAAAAGGGGAAUGGACACGCGGAGAAGUUAUCUUGGUGUGGACACGACGUGCCCGAGCCUGUGCCGUUCACGCGAACAGGCGCCGACUGUGUCGCGUGCACUUUAUGCGGCCGCUGCUUCUCAAGAAACGAAUACACAGCGGGCGAGAGUGUUUGGCAAAACAUGCGGCACCAGACAGAAGGGGGCGACUGCGGUCGACCUGGAAACUCCUAUUUUUUCUGCGACGCUGAGGGCGGGUCCUCCCUUGGGCGGAUCCGGCCCGGAAUUCGGCGCCGACGUCCGAAGCCUCCAACGACGGUCGAUCCCUUCUGCGAGAGCGAAAGGGGAGGAAGAAGCGGACCAAGGAUGCUGGACUGCAGAAGACGAGAGGAGUGGAGACGGAGCUGGAGCCGGUUUUGGAAAGCAAAACGGCGGGGAGAAGAAAACGAUGGGCAAGCAAACCGACCUGGAGGCGGAGGGACGGGGCCUCGGGGACGAGGUGUCUAGUCAGCCUCCGCUGCCCGCAAAAGGGUUCGACAGCGGUGGAAACGAAACGUUUUGUGAAGGGAAGAGGCGAAACCGAACGCCACAGAAAUGGGAAAACACUCCGGCAGGGAGUAGCGAGAAGUUAGGUGCACCAAACGGAAGUCGUGAAGAGAUCAGUAGCCAGGCCAAUCCUAUGAGCCUCCGUUCCGCCGCUAGCACCCAACCUGCGUGGCCGCGUGCGUCACUGACUUCCUCCGCUCCUCCGUCUCCGUUCCCUCCUUCUUCUGCGCGCUUCUGUUCCUCUCCCUCCGUUUCCUCUUCAUCGGAGUACUUUUCGCGUUUGUCGAAGGCGUCUUCGCUCUUGCGGCUGCUGUCGCUGUCUCCCUUUCCCCCGACGUCCUCGCUCCUCUCUCUGGGUCCCGUCGUCUUGAGCUCGCCAUCUUCGCUUCACAAGAAGUUCCGAGGCCUCCCUGCGGGGUCGGCGGCUUCGCACGACCUCGUGGCUGUCGCCGGACGCAUCCAGAGCAUCCGAAACGGUGGCAUGUUCAUCGAUCUCUUCAGUCCGUGCGACGAGGCGAAGCUGCAGCUCUUUGUCUCGCUCAGUUCUGCGUCGUCCUCUCAACUUUUCUCCGAAUCUGAUGAAAAGGAGAUUCCUGCGCACGACCUUAAAGGCGAGGCAGCGAGACAGGAACAACCAAGAAGACCUGAGGAAGUCCCUUCCGUCGACGUCCUUCCCUUCUUGGACCUUGGUGACUUUCUCCUUGCGCGAGGCCGCAUCCGGCGAACACAGAGAAACGAGCUCACUCUAAACGUUGAGCGCUUAGGCGGUCUCCAGCUGGUCGCCAAGCGCCUGUUGCCUGUCGACCUCUCCCUCUCGCUGUCUUCGCGCCCAUCCUCGCCCUCGGCCCCUCGCGCUGUCUCCACGAACGCUUCGCCACAAAGGUGCCUCAAAGGAGGGAAAAGGCGCGCAGGCGAAGACACUCCUGUUCUUUCUGCAAGCGACGUUCUUCCAGUUUCCCAGGCGUCUUCGACUUCUGCGCUCGCUGCGGGCGUUCACGCGCAUGCAGACGCCCAGCAGCCGGCCUCAGUCUUAGGGUCGCCGUGGACGGCGCUGCCUAGCAGCAUCAUCGAUUCGUUCGCUUCGCUUCCUUCUCCUCAGCGCGACGCCCAGUUGCUCCACUCCAGUCGCCUGCGAGAGGCGCUCCGGCUCCGAUCCUUCAUCGUUCAAACGGUGCGAAGCAAACUGCUCUCGGAGGCCUUCCUGGAAGUCGACACGGCAGUGCUUCACGCGGCUGCGGCGCCGCACAGAUCCAAGGAGAAAGAGGCCGAGAACACAGAUAAGAUGCAGAGCAAGGGCUUGGAAACUGCAUGCGCCGGAGAAGAUCUUUUGGGGAGAGUCAGCCAGUCGCCAGCGCAGACCAAGGAACUCGCAGGGGCGAGCUGCCAAGAGAAGGGGACCAACCAGACGACUGAGGCCAGAACCCGAGACGGGAACCCGGAAGAGAGAAGCGCGUCGACGGCCCGACUCUUCGAGUCGUAUCUCCAUGCGCUGGACCUUCCCGUCCACCUGAGAAUCGCGCCUGAACUCGCGCUCAAGCGCCUGGUCGUCAGUGGCAUAGCGGACAAGGUGUUUGAGAUCGGGCGCUGUUUCCGAAAUGAGGGUAUCUCGUGGAGGCAUCAGCCGGAAUUUCUGUCCAUGGAGGCGUAUGCGACGUUUUGGACCUACGAAGACAUGCUGGCGUUGACAGAAGAGAUCCUUCGACUCUGUGCGGCUCGGGUGAUCUCGCUGAGGGCCCCAGGCGCGUCGCCUUCGGAAUCGUCUUCGCCCUCGCUGUCAUCUGCUCCCUGCCUUCCGCGGUCUCGACCGUCGUUCCUCGCCUCCCUGUUCUCUCUAACUCCAUGGGGAAGACGAAAGUCGAAGGCGAGCGCAACUGCCAUCGGGGAGCGAUCAGCCGACAGUGCUCCGAGAGCGGAGACUCGAGGGGGUUCCCACAACCGAGAAAUUCGGAUUUCUUGGCAAGGCCACGAGAUCGACCUCUCCGGCCCGUGGAGAAGGAUGACCAUGGUAGACGCCCUCCGGGAGUACACGGGAAUCGAUUUUGAGCGACUGUCGCACCAGGAGGCCGUUCGCGCAGUUGCGCUGCGUCUUCAAGCGUGCAGUCGGACCGCGCAGGAACGUUCCUCUGCCGGUUCCUCGUCUCUGUCCUCUGAAGAGCAAGAGAGUGCCGACGGCGCCUGGGCGGCAAGUGUGAAGAAAGCUGGCGCGAAAUCGUUGCCUCCCGAGUGUCUGACGUCGCUCGAGGAACUCAUGGCUUUCGCUUUCAAGGAAUGGGUAGAAAAGAGGCUCAUUCAGCCCACGCACAUCGAGCACACGCCUCUCGCCCUGUCGCCCCUCGCUGCAGAGAAGUUCACGAAAGACGCAGGGAACGACGGAACGAGGCGCAGACUUCCGGUGGCUGAGAGAUUUGAGACGUACGUCGCAGGCAUGGAAAUGGCCGACGGGUACUCAGAGCUGACGGAUCCUCUCGAACAGUUGAAACGCUUUGCUUCCCAACGAAAAGAAGCGAAGACGAGCGUGGACGACCACGCGGAUGCGUGUGGUGGACUGACACCGGAGACACAGGACACGAAGAAUCAGGCGGAGGCGAAAGCCGAUCGAACUGUUCCCAACCAGGAAUUUAUCGCAGCGCUAAUGCUCGGCCUCCCCCCCACGGCUGGACUGGGCAUUGGGCUCGAUCGUUUAGUGAUGCUGCUGACAGAUGCGCCUUUGAUCCGAGACGUUGUUCACAUGCCGCUUCGAAAAAGCGUGUUCUGA